AUGGGUCGUAUGCACAGUCACGGAAAGGGUAUUUCGCGCUCCGCCCUGCCCUACAAGCGCACUCCUCCGAGCUGGUUGAAGAUCUCAGCCCCCGAGGUCGACGAGCACAUCUGCAAGCUCGCGAAGAAGGGUCUGACGCCGUCGCAGAUCGGCGUCAUUCUGAGGGACUCGCAUGGUAUCGCGCAGGUGUCCGGCGUCACGGGCAGCAAGGUCCUGCGCAUUCUCAAGGCUCACGGCCUGGCACCUGAGAUCCCCGAGGAUCUGUACCAUUUGAUCAAGAAGGCGCUGGCGGUGCGCAAGCACUUGGAGCGCAACCGCAAGGACAAGGACUCCAAGUUCCGCCUCAUUCUCAUCGAGAGCCGCGUACACCGCCUCGCGCGCUACUACAAGUGGACCAAGAAGCUGCCGCCCAACUGGAAGUACGAGUCCGGCACUGCCAGCACCCUCGUUGCCUAA